UCACCCACCCCGCACCCACCUCUUCUCCUUUCUCUUUUAUUAUCCUUUUCUCUGCAACUCCAUUUCUAAUCAUUUUACCCCCUUCUCUAUCCGUUUUCUACGCACAAGUAAAUUAGAUACCAUCCUCUCCUCCUCUUCCUUUUUAUUCUUCAAAGCAAGAUCCCAUGGCUCUCGAGUCAUGGCUAACCAAAGCAAGGUCCGCCAUCUCGACCGGCUUCGACUCAGUUCGGUCGACGAUGAACGCCACCGACGCCAUUGCCAUCAUUGCCCGCAAGAAGGCCAUCGUCGGCAUCCUCGCCUUCGAGAUCGCAAGCCUCAUGUCGAGGCUCCUCCAUUUGUGGCGCUCCCUCUCCGAUGCCCAGAUCAACCGCCUCCACCACGAGACCAUCGCCUUGCAGGGAAUCCGCAAGAUCGUCUCCGACGACGACUCCUUCCUCCUUGGCCUCGCAUGCGCCGAGCUCACCGAUACGCUCCAAGUCGUCGCCAACUCCGCCACCACCACGUUAAGCCACCGCUGCGCGGAUCCAUGCCUACGUGAAUUCCACCAGAUAUUCAAGGAAUUCUCGGACUCCGGCCACGACCCGCACCGGUGGGUGAUGAGUUGGAAGGAGAUGGAGAGAAAAGCCAAGAAGAUGGAUCGCUACGUCGCAUCCACCGCCGCUUUAUACAAAGAGAUGGACGAGCUCUCAGAGGCUGAGCACGGGCUGCGGAAGCUACUGCAGUGUGGCGGGGGAUGCAACAAGAACAUCCCAGCAAGCAAGCUCGCGGCCAUUGCUGAACUCCAGCAAAAAAUCUUCUGGCAGCGGCAGGAGGUCAAGUAUUUGAAGCAGACUUCCCUGUGGAGCUGCACCUUUGACACCGUUGUCUCGCUUCUCGCCCGAUCGUCCUUCACAGUGCUCGCAAGAAUCAAACAGGUAUUCGUCAUCGGAUUUGAGUCGUAUCCCCUCCCCCGCAGCCUCUCCAUAUCGGCUACCGUGUAUCCAUCUUCCGACACGCCACCCCCGCCGCAGGCAUCGCCGUCGAAGAAGGAGCAGCAGUGUGGGUUCUUCGAGUCGAAUUCGGAGGUGCUGGUGCCACCACCGGAAACUUUGGGAGCAGCGGCGCUCGCAUUGCAUUACGCAAAUCUGAUUAUAGUGAUCGAGAAGAUGAUCCGAUCACCGUGGGCGGUCGGGCCGGAUGCGAGGGAUGAUUUGUACAACAUGCUGCCGGUGAGCGUGAGGGGGAUUCUGUGGCGGCGGCUGAGGGGGUUGGGGG